AUGUCCGAGAUCACUAAUAAUGAAACUUCUGGAGAAGGGACUUUAACUAACAACGUGAAUGAUUGUGGGGUUGAUGUUUCCAACUGUCUCUCUUUGUUUCUCUGUGUUGCAAACUACGAAAAACUUCUUCCAGGUUGGAGUCAUUUAGCUCAGUUUUCUGUAGCUGUUGAGAAUAAAGAUCCGAAGAAAUCAAAGAUUGCAGAUACGUUACACCAGUUUUGGAAGAAAGAGCAUGAUUGGGGAUGGAAAAAGUUUAUUGAGUUACCUAAAUUACAGGAUGGAUUCAUAGAUAAGUUUGACUCUCUUUCACUUAAAGCUCAAGUUCAAGAAGGAACUUCUUACGGUUUAUUUGGAAAAAGUGGAGAAAAUGUUCAUGAGCUUUGUGGAAGAGAAAAGAAGCAAGCUUAUGAAGGUGAUAGACGACAAAAAGAGAUGGAAGAGCUUAUGUGUCUUUGGUUAGGGAUGGACCAUAAUGCGAGGCUCGAAAUAUCUAGCGAGAAAAUGGAUGUGAUUCUGAAACAAGUUGUGAAACACUUCUUCGUCAAGAAUGAAGUAACAUCCACUCUUUUGAUGGAUUUCUUGUUUUAUAGGUUAAAGUCUCUUGAAGAAAAACGCAGAAGGCUCGAAACACUUGUAAGAGUGGUCGCAAAAGAAGUGAUCAACAGUAACCAAAGUGAAUCCGCUAUGAAGAAUCUUGAAGAGGAAACUAAGAAAGAGAGAACAAAUGAUGACAAAGAAUUCGCUUUAAAGAUUAAUGAAGACGAAACUAAGAAUGAAAGAACAAUUGACGCCAUGGAAUUUGAAGCUUCAAUUGCUUAUGUGGUCAACGAUAUGCUUGGUGUUACAGAUCCGUUGUUACGUCUAGAGAGAUUUGUUCUUGCACCAUUGCCUGAAAUGGGUUCUCCAAAGCUUCUGCAGGUUUCCAAUCUCCGUAUACAGCAUAAUAUGGAACCCGAUGAGAAGCAAUUAGCUGAUUAUGGUAGAUGGGCCUUGGAGGUAUUUGUUCUUGACCAUAUAUUCUGCAACAAAAUUGAAUUCACAUAUGAAGAAACUAUUGCAUUGAAAAGGCAAGAAGAACUUAUUCAUGAAGAGGAAGCAGAGAAGAACACUAAACUCAAAAAAACAUUUGUUGGUAAAAAAGUGAACUAA